GAAGAUCGUACAGUACAAACAGCCAUUGCACACCUAGCUCUUGUCAUCUAAAGAAAGCAACCACAAGCCAGUUGGAAACCAAACCUCUUUCUUUCUCUCUCUCACUAGAACAACUUUCUCUCUCUAAAAACCCCACCUCCAUAAUAACAAUAAUCAAAAUCCAGAAUCAAUCCAUUUUUGCUUUCACGAAACCCUCUCUCAUUUCCAAAAAUUCCCCUCAAAUGCCUACUCACCCAACUCUUCCCUAUUAAUAUUAUUAUUAUUACAUUAACAAUCUCACUCGCCGGAAUUAUAACUCCGGCAACCAUGUCGUCAGGCUUCCCCGGCGGCCACCCAGAUUACCUCCACCUCAACCCCACCGGAAGAUCCAUCCCCUUGACAAAUUUCAACAACAACGUUGUACCCAACGGUUACCGGUCACCACUCGCCGGAAUUCUCUCAGAUUCCUCUUCAAAUAUCGGUCUCCGGCGACCGGACUUGAUCGGAAAACGAUCUCUGGCUGAGUUUCAACACCACCAGCAACUCCAGCAACAAGCUGCGUUUUUCUUGAGAAACGUGAAGCACCGGAGUUACAAUAAUAAUAAUAAUACGACGGCGUAUGCUUCUCCGGUUUCUCCUAUUUCUCUUAUAGAUUUUCCGACAUCCCCUGAGAUUUCAACGAUUUCAUCGGUUUCAAAUAAUACGACGUCGUCGGGUUAUAAUAUUAAUAUUAAUAAUAUUAGUAAUAAUAUUGUUAAUAAUAAUAAUCAUACGACGUCGUCUGCGAGUGCGCCUAGGUACGGUGUGCCUGUUAUGCAACCUUUUAAUCUGGGUAACGGAAGUUUUAACGGCGUGAACAGUCACACUUUACGUAACGGUUAUCCGCGCGUUACGUUACCGGUGAAACUAACGCCGGCAAGUAACGAAACGGAAGGUAAGAUGAUGAAACGGUUACAAGAGUUGGAGAAAGAGCUUUUGUUAGACGAUGAAGACGGAGAAAAUAACGUCUCCGGUGUUACUAACAGCGAGUGGUCGGAAACCUAUCGGAAUAUUAUAACUCCGGCACCGGUGGUUAAACCGGAAAACGUAGUUUCUCCGUCUCCGACGUCGUCGUCCUCUUCAUGCGCAUCUUCAUCGGCGUCACCGGCCACCGGAGUCUCUCCAACACAGCUGUUCUCCGACGCCGCCGGAGCCAUCGCAGACGGAAAGACAGACGCCGCUGUUGAAAUAAUCAACCGGAUUAGCCAGGUGUCGAACGCCGUCGGUACUCCGGAGCAACGGUUGAGUUUUUACAUGACGUCAGCACUCCGAUCACGCCUGAGUAUGACGUCAUCCGACUCGUCGGAGUUGUACGGAAAAGAUCACAUUGUAUCAACACAGUUGCUCUAUGAAAACUCUUUAUGUUUUAAGUUGGCUUUUAUGGCGGCUAAUGCCGCAAUUGUUGACCUUGCCAUGGCCGAGAAGACCAAAAAUAAAAAGAUACAUAUUGUAGAUUUUGAUAUCGGCAAGGGGAAUCAGUAUAUUUACUUACUCCAGGAUAUUGCGGCGGCUUGUGAAGCCGACACGAGGGUUAAUAUUUCGAUAAGGCUUACUACUUUUGCGGAUUAUGGUAACGGGGGUCGUGAAAGGUUGAUAUUUGUUUGUGACGGGUUAAAAUCCGUUGCUGAUAAGUUGGGGGUGUGUUUUUGUUAUGACGUCUGGAAUUUGAGUUUAUUUGAUGUCAAUGCGACGUCGUUGAAAGUGGAGAGCGAGGAAUCUUUGGUGGUGAAUUUGGGGUUUAAGUUGUAUAAGUUGCCAGAUGAGAGUGUGAGUACGGAGAAUGUAAGAGACGAGUUGUUACGGCGCGUGAAAGGGUUGUCACCCGCGUUGGUGACGGUGGUGGAGCGGGAGUUGAAUGCGAAUACGGCGUCGUUUGAGACGCGGGUGAGUCAAGUGUCGGGGUAUUAUGGUGCGUUGAUGGAGUCGCUUGACUCCGCCAUGGGGAGGGAUGACUCGGACCGAGUCAAGAUCGAGGAGGGACUGAGUCGGAAAAUGACGAACUCGGUUGCGUGUGAAGGGAAAAACAGGGUUGAGAGAUGUGAGGUUUUUGGGAAAUGGAGGGCCCGGAUGAAUAUGGCUGGGUUCGAGUUGAAACCAAUGAGUCAACUCAGGGCUGAGUCGUUGCUUUCGAAGGUGAACUCGGUGGGUUUUACGGCGAAGGAGGAAGCGGGUGGGAUUAGUUUUGGGUGGAUGGGACGGACACUCACCGUCGCAUCGGUGUGGCAUUAAGAAUUUAAGAUGAUGAAAUUGUAAUAUUAUCAUUAUCAUUAUCAUUUAAAUUUAAAGUUUAUAUAAUAUGAAAUAUGAUUUAGUGCGACUUUGUACCAUCAUAUUUGAACUAAUUUUUAAUAUUAAAUCUAUCAUAUCAGUUUUAA